AUGCCUCCAAGGAAGGGCACUAGGCCGACCCUCAGUCAGGGCCUGGACCGUGAGGUCUACCAAAUUGUGCGCAAGAUCAUCGACGACCAGCCCGAGACUGGCCGCAUCCGACUAUCGGUCCCAGCGAUUUAUGACACAAUUAAGAAGUCGAACUCGAGCUUGAACCGAAAACCGAAGAGACUGAUUGAGGACAGUCUGGAGCGAGUAUUGGAGGUUAUCAAAGCUGAUAUGGGUGAAGAUGACGAGGACUCCAUGGAGGGGGACUUUGAAGGACUCGAAGAGCCCGCAGUUGUGGUGCCCAAUGGCAUGAACCAGAGCGUCGUUGGCUCAUGGACGACAACGAAAGCGAAAAAGACCGCCGAUUCCUCCGCUGGUACUCCGGCACCCACCUCGACCAAGAGAAGAACACAUGGCGCAGAACCUGUCUCCAAGCGACGCAAGGCCGAGCCCGCCGAUCGAUCGCCACCGACACACGUCAGUCUCGCAGAUCUGGGUGGACUGGAUGAUGUUGUCCAGGAGCUUGGUGACUUGGUUAUUCUACCCAUGACCCGGCCGCAGGUUUAUAUGGCAUCAAAUGUGCAGCCACCGCGAGGAGUAUUGCUGCAUGGCCCGCCGGGUUGCGGUAAGACCCUAAUUGCGAACGCUUUCGCCGCGGAGCUCGGCGUGCCAUUCAUCUCCAUUUCUGCGCCUUCGGUUGUGUCAGGAAUGUCGGGCGAGUCCGAGAAAGCCCUGCGCGAGUACUUCGAAGAGGCCAAGCGUCUUGCUCCUUGCCUCAUUUUCAUCGACGAGAUCGAUGCGAUUACGCCGAAGCGCGAGAGCGCACAGAGAGAGAUGGAGAAGCGAAUUGUCGCCCAGCUUCUGACAUGCAUGGACGAGAUUGCUCUCGAGAAGACAGACGGAAAGCCCGUCAUAGUCCUCGCGGCAACUAACCGUCCAGACAGCCUUGACGCCGCCCUGCGCCGCGGUGGCCGCUUCGAUAAAGAAAUCAACAUGACUGUGCCCUCAGAGCCAGUCAGGGAACAGAUCCUACGCGCGCUCACCCGCAAAAUGCGCCUGGUAGAUGACAUUGACCUCAAGACCUUGGCCAAGCGAACCCCCGGCUUCGUAGGCGCCGAUCUCAAUGACCUUGUUUCGACGGCCGGUUCCGCCGCCAUCAAGAGGUACCUCGAGAUCCUCAAAUCGAACAGCGGCGAGGAAAUGGAGAUUGAAGGCGACGACGCGCUUAGCCCGCGCGUCCGCGAGCUCCGCCGGCUCAUCAGUCACGCCAAAGAAACACCCAUUGGCGAAGAAUCCGAAGUCGUCCUCGUCUCCAAUGCAGACUUCUUCACAGCCCUUCCCAAAAUCCAACCCUCUUCCAAACGCGAGGGCUUCGCCACAAUCCCCGACACGACCUGGGCCGAUAUCGGUGCCCUCGGCGGCAUCCGCGACGAGCUUGUCACGGCCAUUGUCGAACCGAUCAAGAACCCCGAAGUCUACGCCAACGUCGGUAUCACCGCACCCACGGGUGUCCUCCUCUGGGGUCCUCCUGGUUGCGGUAAGACACUUCUCGCCAAGGCCGUCGCCAACGAGUCCCGCGCCAACUUCAUCAGCGUCAAAGGCCCCGAACUGCUCAACAAGUUCGUCGGUGAAUCCGAACGUGCAGUCCGCCAGGUUUUCCUCCGCGCCCGCUCGUCCGUGCCUUGUGUCAUCUUCUUCGACGAGCUGGACGCACUUGUGCCCCGUCGUGACGAUACACUCUCCGAGGCCUCAGCGCGUGUCGUCAACACUCUCCUCACAGAGCUUGAUGGCCUUGGCAGCAGUCGCACGGGUAUCUACGUCAUUGCCGCUACUAAUCGACCUGAUAUCAUUGAUCCUGCGAUGUUGCGCCCAGGUCGUCUUGAGACUCUUCUAUUCGUGAACUUGCCUACGCCACUUGAGCGUGUGGAUAUUCUGCAGACUCUUGUCCGGAAUUUACCCAUUGAGUUCACUGAAGAUCUGCGCAAACUGGCGGAGGAGUGUGAGGGCUUCAGUGGUGCUGAUUUGGGCAGCUUGUUGCGCCGUGCUGGUUACUCUGCCAUCAAGCGUCGUGAUACUAUCAAGUUUGUUGACUUCGUUGCGGCUAAGUCGUUUAUUCGGCCUAGUGUGACGGAUUUGAGGAAGUAUGAGAAACUACGGAGGGAUUGGAGUGGUGGUGUGGUUUGA